AUUCAAGUAUUUAGCCUUUUUAUAGUUACUAAAAGUUGUAUUCAGUUAAAGCUUCUAAAUACUUUUUGACACUGUGGAAUUGUUAUACAUUUUACACACAUUUUAGUAAACAUAAAGGCAGCUUUUUUAAUUUGGUACGCAUAAAUGUUACAUAAUGUUUUAUUAAAUUUUAGUGCAAUGUGUGCCUUAUUUGUGUGUGCACUGAACAUGGAUACUAAAGUUAAUCUAUUGACAUCACAGUAAGUGUGUGUGUGUGUGUGUGCGCGCAAGCACACUGUGCACUUAGGAGGUCAAGGCAGGAAAGACCUUGCUUCAGCAGUGGAAAAAGUUUGGAUCAGUAAUCAUGUCGGUUAUGAUGAGGCUCACCCUCAAUUCUUCAGCAGAGGAACAAUUACAGAAACAAGCAGAGACCCACAGACUGCAGCUCACACAGAAAAUGAGCAAACCCUUCAAGAAGUUAAUUGAUGUCAGUUCUGGUGAUAUACAGUCUACAGGAAUGAAGCCGAUUACGUUUGUCAGACAGGUCCUGGCAGGGUGUUUGUGUCCUGAUCUGUUGUUAAGUGACACACUUCCUCACGAUGUCCAGCUGAGGGUCCAGAAGUUGCUGGAACACUGUGAUGGAGGGAGUGUAGGUGCGUAUGCAGAAUCAAGUGGAAUGGCAUAUGUGCAACGCACUGUGGCCAAGUAUAUUUCUGCACGGGAUGGAGGUCUGUCGUCCAAUCCAGCGCACAUCUUCAUCACUUCUGGCUCCCUGAGAGCUAUAACCGUGGUCCUAAAGCUGCUGGCCCAGAGUGGGGGUUCCUUCCAGACUGGAGUAAUGGUUCCUGUGCCGCUUCCAAAUGCCUUACCCCACGUGCUGGAGAGGGUGGGCUCCCUGCCUUUGUUUUACUGUCUAAGAGAAGAGGCAGGGUGGAGUAUAGAGAGGGAGGAGCUUCACAGAGCCAUACAGGCCUCUAAAGAUCACUGCUGCCCACGAGCUAUUUACAUUAGCAACCCCAGUAACCCCACAGGUCAUGUCCAGAGCAGAGAGUCCAUUAAGGAUGUGAUUCGCUUUGCUGCGCAGAACAAUCUGUUUUUAUUGGUUGAUGAGGUAUACCAAGACACUGUUUUUGGAUUGGGCAGUGAGUUUGUGUCCUAUAAGAAGGUCCUUGCUGAGAUGGGCCCUCCCUACUCAAACACUGUGCAACUGGCCUCGGUCCACUCCCUCUCCAAUGGUAUCAUGGGAGAGUGUGGUCUGAGGGCUGGAUACAUGGAGUUGGUCAAUGUGGACGAAAGUGUGAUGUUAUUUGCUGAAGCUUUGCUCUGUGGGGAUAUAAGCACUCCUAUUACUGGUCAAAUUGCCCUUGAUGUCAUGGCUGAUCCACCGAGACCUGGAAAUCAAUCUUACUUUCUAUACAAACAGGAAAUGGAAUCAAGACUAAACACACUGAAGUGUAACGUGCACAGAAGCACUGAAUUCUUUAACAGUCUGCCUGAUUUCCACUGUCCUCCAGUACAGAGUGGAAUUUUUAUCUACCCACACCUAAAAUUUUCACCAGCAGCACUGACCUAUGCACAGGGCCUUGGCGUGGAGGCAGGGCUGUGGUACUGUGAGAGGCUUUUGCAAGAGGAAGGUGUGUGUGUUGGUGUAAACAGGUGUGUGGGUGAAGCAGUGACUCAUAACUCUCCUCCAGGAAGCUGCUGGCAUUUAAGGCUGUGUGUGCUGAUGCCACCUGAUGCUCUGGAAGAGGUUCUCUGCCAUCUUCAAGCCUUUCACUGUCGUUUUCUUAGUAAAUUAUAAACAGAGAAAUGCAGAAAGUUAAAAUUAACUGCACUUUGUGUGAAUUUAACAAAGAAUGUAUUUUUGAUAAAUCUGUAGUUUAUUUACAGUUAAUUUCUGCUUAGAAUAAAAACUGUGGAAACAAUGUCUUCACCCAUUUUCUCUGAAUACAUGAUUAGUAGUUACAAAUUUAGGAUGUAAUCCAAAUUAAGAACAAUCUUCCCCCACUAAUUCUUUAUCUCAAAUUAAGCACCUUUUUUGCUUUUAUUAAGUUGUUAUUGUAGCCAGUACAGUUAGAAAGAAUGGCCAAUAUUUUGUUUAUGUAUUCUUUAUACUUGAUCUUCAAUCAAAGAAAAUUGCAUAUGCACAAAAUGUAGUGGUACACAAAAAAGAAUAAAAAAUAGUUCUAA